AUGGAAUUCAUCGAGAAAGGAUCCCCCGUCACUGGCGGAGGGUUCAGUGAAAAUGGCAAGUUCAGCUAUGGGUAUGCAAGCUCUCCUGGGAAAAGAUCCUCCAUGGAGGACUUCCAUGAAACAAGAGUUGACGGUGUUGAUGGAGAGACUGUUGGACUAUUUGGCGUCUUUGACGGUCAUGGUGGAGCUCGAGCAGCAGAGUUUGUGAAACAGAACCUUUUCACAAAUUUAAUCAAGCACCCAAAGUUCUUCAGUGAUACCAAGUCUGCUAUUGCGGAAACUUACACUCACACGGACUCGGAGCUUCUGAAAGCUGAUACCAGCCAUCACCGCGAUGCCGGGUCAACCGCUUCCACGGCCAUUCUCGUAGGCGAUCGCCUGUUAGUUGCAAACGUUGGGGACUCCAGGGCAGUCAUCUGUAGAGGAGGGGAUGCUGUAGCAGUUUCAAGAGACCACAAGCCGGACCAGACAGAUGAGAGACAGAGAAUAGAGGAAGCAGGAGGUUUUGUGAUGUGGGCCGGAACGUGGCGUGUAGGUGGCGUCCUUGCUGUUUCUCGAGCAUUUGGGGACAAGCUCUUGAAGCAGUAUGUGGUUGCUGAUCCAGAGAUCAAGGAGGAGGUGGUGGACAGCUCGCUCGAGUUCCUCAUCCUUGCAAGCGAUGGCCUCUGGGACGUGGUGACCAAUGAGGAAGCCGUUGCCAUGGUGAAGCCGAUCCUGGACUCGGAGCAGGCGGCCAAGACGCUCCUGGCGGAGGCCUCCCAGCGCGGCAGCGCCGACAACAUCACCUGCGUCGUCGUGCGCUUCCUGGAGCAGCACAACGGGCUUGCCGGGGCCACCAACGAGCAGGCAUCGUGA